UCACUUUUUCUGGAUUCCGUCCGAAAAAAAUGACAUUUCACAUUUCCCUUAUAGUGAGUUUCGGACGGAAAAUUUUCCACUUCGAAAAAUUUCCCCCUAUUGUGAACUUUUUUUUCGGGUGGAACUUCAAGUCUUUCACAACUCUUUCUUUCACUCAAAAUUUGGCGGCGGAAAAGGACAACUUUGGCGAAAAAUGAGUAAAACAACAAAUAGAAGGCAAUGCGAGUUGCUUUUGAAUAAAAUGCAAUUACACCCCGAUAUCGCCAGAGGCUAUUCAAAGGAAAAUAAAGAUAAAAUUUCAGAGUUCUGGACGACAACGGCAAAUGAUCUCAACAGUGCAGGGCCUCCAAUAAAGUCAAAAAUUGAGUGGAAAAAGGUUUGGAAUGACCAGAAAAGAUAUGUAAGGAAAAAGGCGACGGAAAAUAAAGCGAACCAAAGAGCAACCGGAGGUGGCCCUAAUAAAACAGUCAAGUACACAGACGUGGAAGAAGCUAUAUUACAGCUUAUAGGUGUUAACGAAGCUGUGGAAGGUUUUGGCUCACCCUUCGGUUUGCCUCCCCCUGAGAAAAAAAGAAAAACUGACGUAGCCGAAGAGAAUGGAGAUGAUCAAAAUUCAUUAGAGGAUCUAAUGAAAUAUUUACAUGAAGGUGAUGAUACUUGUGAUAAUAUUCAUGAUGGUGUUCCUUGCGGAACCGAAACCAAUGACGUCAGGAAUGCAUCAACAAAUCUUGAGCCAUCAACAUCAAAACCAACACAACCAAGAAACUAUAAGACUGCUCGGCUCACGACAAAUGAUCUCAUCUAUGAAGAGCUCAAAGUCCAAAAAGAAAUAAGCUCGAAUAUUUUGGAAGUUGUUGGUGUUCUAAAAGAACACAAUACUGAUUUUCCGGGUGAAACUCACAAUAGGGGUGAAUGUCAUUCUUCUAGUGGGUUUUGCAAGCGACAGGCGUGA